AUGGCCGGAACUUCUCCGUGCGCUUCCUGCAAGUUGCUGCGACGCCGAUGCGCCAAAGACUGCAUUUUUGCUCCUUUCUUUCCUUCAGAUGACCCCCACAAGUUUGCCAAUGUUCACAAGAUCUUUGGUGCCAGCAAUGUUAGCAAAAUGUUGCAGGAGCUUCCGGUUCAUCAGAGAGCAGAUGCAGUGAGCAGUUUAGUGUAUGAAGCAAAUGCAAGAAUGAGGGACCCUGUGUACGGAUGCGUUGGGGCCAUCUCUUACCUGCAAAACCAAGUCUCCGAGCUACAAAUGCAGCUUGCUGUGGCUCAAGCUGAGAUCCUCUGCAUCAAAAUGCAGCAUGAGCCCAUGGUCCCUCCACAACAGAUAAUGGACGGGCCAGAUGAUCAGAAAUCGUAUUUUCUCCACAACAACAAUCUCGCUCAGUACCUCAGUUUUCCGUCUUCCAGCAAUGUAAUCCAUGACUCUCUCAAUAGGGAGAACAUUUUCGGACACGACAUGGUUUCUUAAUAAAGUUUGUAAUAACAUAUUAGGCUUUUAAAUAACUAAUUAGUCUGUUCUAAAUUUUUCUUCGCUGAGUAGGUCUUCUAAUAAAGAUUUCGCCGAUCGUUUGAAAUUGUUCAUUUAUAAAUUUUCCGGAAAAUUCUUCUCUCCAUCAGAACAUUAGAGCCGUUAGACUUAGAGAGGAGUGACCUAUAGAACAAGGGUAAGAUGGCCAGGGUCAACUCUAUAGCAUGUGAUGAAGUGAUAAAUUAGGAUUUUUGAUCAGUAAUUUACUGAACAAACAGCUUCUAUGUAUCUAUGUAAUAGCACAUAGAUGCAGAAGGGUCGGUGGCCAAUUUCAACAGUACGGAACAUAAAUUAGGGUUCUUGCAUAUUAUUACUUUUUUUUUUUUUCACCGGAAUUAUCUUGCUGUGGUUCUUUAAGGACAAAAACAUUAAGUGUCAGCACAUCGAACUUAAUUUUGAGAAUCUGGACUCUGGAGCAAUGGUUUUACCUAAUAAGCCAAAGAUUGGAAUUUCAUGGACCUCGAUCCUGUUGCAAGAAAGACAAAACCCAAAUUCACUGCUCUUCUUUCCCAAAACACUAAAUUUCAAAAAUGUUUCUACAUACGACACAGAAUAUAAGGAAUUUAUCUACUAUUUAAUUGAUAGUUCAGUCUCAUAUUUUCUCACAUGGCCAG